GACAGUCAAAUGCAAUUCAUUCCUUUCAAAGCAAAGACCAUUCAACUCAACUCUUUACCUUUCAAAAACUUCCAGCUAAUCCAUCAUCCCCAACUCCACCAUGCCGAAAAGUUGACUCUCCAAACCUAAACCUAAACCCCCCAUUUUUUCAUGCUUUUUAAUUUUCUGGGUAUCAUCUUAAUUUCAAUGAUGAAGAAGAAGCUGCAAAAUUCAGAUCUACCCACUUUUUUAAUCCUCCUUUUCUCUCUCCUUACUCUUUCUCUAUCAGCUGAAGAUGAUGUAAAGUGCCUUCAAGGCGUAAAAUCUGCCUUAAAUGACCCACAAGGUAAGCUUAAUUCAUGGGACUUCAGAAAUUCUUCAUCUUCUUUUGUCUGCAAAUUUGUGGGUGCUACUUGUUGGAAUGACAAAGAAAAUCGACUAAUUACUCUUCAACUUAGAGAUUUUCAGCUUUCUGGGGAAAUUCCAGAUUCUCUUGAGUUUUGUACUAGCAUUCAGAAUCUUGAUCUCUCUGGUAAUUCCCUUACUGGGACUAUCCCUGCUAAUAUCUGUUCAUGGCUUCCUUUUUUGGUGACUUUAGAUUUGUCUGCUAAUAAGUUAUCUGGGAAUAUUCCACCUGAUCUUGGCAAAUGUGAGUAUUUGAAUAGGCUUGAUUUGUCUGAUAAUCAUUUAUCUGGAAGUAUUCCUGAACAAUUAUCCAAUUUGAACCGGUUAAAGUCCUUUUCUGUUGCUGGGAAUGGAUUAUCUGGGCCGAUUCCUGAGUCAUUGGCACAUUUCGAUAGGGAUGAGUUUGAAGGGAAUAGUGGGUUGUGUGGGAGACCAAUUGGGUCGAGCUGCAAUGGGCUGAGCAAGAAGAAUUUGGCGAUUAUCAUUGCAGCCGGUGUUUUCGGGGCAGCUGCGUCGUUGUUGUUUGGGUUCGGGUUGUGGUGGUGGUAUUUUUCAAGGGCGAACAGGAGGAGGAAAGAAGGGUAUGGGCUUGGUAGGGGUGAUGAUGGUACUUGGAUUGAUAGGUUGAGAGCUCAUAAGCUUACUCAGGUUACUUUGUUUCAAAAACCACUUGUUAAAGUUAAAUUGUCUGAUUUGUUGGCUGCUACCAACAAUUUCAGUGCAGAGUCUGUGAUGAUCUCGACUAGGAUGGGAACUACUUAUAAUGCUAUGUUGCCUGAUGGUUCUACUUUGGCAAUUAAGCGUCUUAAUACGUGUAAUUUGAGUGAAAAACUGUUUAAGACGGAGAUGAAUAGGUUGGGAAAGCUUAGGCAUCCGAAUUUAGUGCCGUUGUUGGGUUACUGUCUUGUAGAAGAUGAGAAGCUUUUGGUUUAUAAGUACUUGUCUAAUGGGACGUUGUGUUCUGUUCUUCAUGGUAAAACGAUAGAAUUGGAUUGGCCAGCGAGGUUCAGAAUCUGUUUAGGUGCUGCAAGAGGGCUUGCUUGGCUCCAUCAUGGAGUGGAGCCGCCUCAUUUGCACCAAAAUAUAAGUUCAAAUGUGAUACUUCUUGAUGAAGAUUUGGAUGCUAGGAUAAUUGAUUUUGGGUUAGCAAGACUUGUUUCUGCCUCAACAUCGAGGAAUGAGAGCAGUUUUGUGAACGGGGACUUGGGAGAAUUCGGGUAUAUAGCACCAGAGUACUCAAGCACCAUGGUGGCAUCACUUAAAGGAGACGUUUAUGCAUUUGGUGUAGUUGUUUUGGAAUUAGUGACAGGGCGAAAGCCAUUAGAAGUGAGUGCUGUAGAAGAAGGGUUCAAGGGCAACUUGGUAGAUUGGGCGAAUCACCUAUCAAGCUCAGGUAGAACAAUGGAAGCCAUCGAUAAAGAUAUACGUGGUAGAGGUUAUGACAAUGAUAUUGUUCAGGUAUUCAGAAUUGCAUCAAAUUGUAUAGUUUCUCGACCAAAGGAUAGAUGUUCGAUGCUUCAGGUUUAUGAUUCACUAAACAGCAUGACUGAAGACCAUCCUUCUGAGCAAUAUGAUGACUUCCCAUUGAUAUUUGGAAGACAGGAUAUGGAUUAGCCACCAGCCGGUAUAUAAUUUACCCCUUUAAUUAUACCAGCAAUAGUGUCCAAGUUCACAGUGGUUUUAUUCGAGGGCGUGGUUCAUUCCUGCUGGGUUUUUCUUUAUAUGCUGCGAAUUUGUAAAAUUUACCUGUAUAAUGGACCCUUGCAAAACUUUUCUGCUGCAAAGAGAUUAGUAAUGAAAAGCUAACUUUGAGCUUCUUGAUGUUUGUCAGUUUGUGUUGUUGAGAUGUAUUAUCUGAAGCUUAUUGUAGCAAGUAAUGUCAUACAUACUUGAUUGUAUCUUUUGUAAAUAAAAAUGAUGGAUCAAAUUCUCCUUUCUUGAUCUUGAAAAAUA